UUCAACUCCAAGUUUGUGUUGUGCGGUGCAGCGCCCAGGAGAUCUUCACCAUAGUGGUCAGAAUUCAAACAUGCUCGACGCGAUAAACACACGCGCGCCGCAUUUCUCUAUCUACGCGCGACACCUCGUCUACUCACGCACUUAGGGUCUAAUCCGUCUCACCGGAAACCGGUAGGUCUACCGAGAACCUUCCCUCCCUUGCGCUCACCAUACACCCAGCCAUGAACGACACACCUAUUAUGGGGAUGCUGUCCAGCGCGUGAAGACUCUGCAAAGACCGCUGUACCGGACAACAUGAGCGCGAGCGUAUCGGCCAAUGAACAUCCUCCCUGUGGUGACAGACGGGGCUCUGCUCCAAUCCGAUGCGAGCGCUGUGGAGGAGUGUGCCGGGGGGAGGUGGUGCGUGUUCAGAGUUCUCACUUUCACCUCAGCUGCUUCACCUGCCACGGUAACACGUGUGUGUGUGUUGUGCUCCUCUGAUCUGUCUCGCUGUGGAUUCUACCGGAAACGAGGGGAGUACCUCUGUCAGGCUGACUUCCAGCAUCUCUAUGGCAACCGCUGUAGUCGCUGUGGUGACUAUAUCCUAGGUGAUGUGGUGUCAGUGCUUGGACACACCUACCAUCCCGCCUGUUUCAGCUGCACCCGCUGCAGUAAGCCUUUCCCUGUAGGUGGGUCUGUGACGUUCAGCGGACAGGAGAGUGUGUGUCAGGACUGCAUCUCCAGACAGCCCAUCAUGAUUCACUGCCAUAGCAUGUGUGCAGGAUGUGGGGAGCCGAUUGAGGUGGGUCAGUCUCUGCUGGCUCUGGAACACCAAUGGCACGUCAGGUGCUUCCGCUGCCAGAUCUGCAGACAGCCAAUCACACGCGAGUACUUCAGCAGGGAUGGCAGGCCAUACUGUGAGGUGGACUACCAUACUCAGUUUGGCAUCCGCUGUGACAUCUGCACCAGAUUCAUCACAGGCACAGUAUUGGAGGUGGGAGGACGACAGUUCCACCCUUCCUGUGCCCGAUGUGCUCACUGCCACCACAUGUUCCUAGAAGGAGAGGAGCUCUACCUCACAGUGGCAGAGCUGUGGCAUCCAGAAUGUAAGAAGGCAGAAAGAGCAGAGAGAAAGCUCAGGCGCAGACGUGCAUCGGAGACCUCAGCUUCCUCCAGUAUCGGUUCUCCUGGUCAUGUGAUUAGAGUCAGAUUGGGUAAUGAGUGUCUGGAUUAUAAAACUGUAGCUGCGCUGCCUGAGGACAAAGCCAUUCAUGAGAUGGAGAGUCCAGUUCAACGGCACCAGGGUGUAGCUUUCAGUCGGCGCCAGCGUUCCUCCAGCGUAGACUCCUACAGCCAAUCUGCAUCUCCCCCACUCCAUUACUACGGCACAGGCUCAGACAGUGGCAGAAGCUCACCCUAUCACAAUCAGCCUUGCGCAUACUACACCCCACCAACCAGGAACAAGACUCCAAAACACUUCCACCUUCCAGCCACAGGAGAGACUAACAUCUAUGGCAAGCCUCCCAUCUACAAACAAGCAGUUUUCAAAAGCCAGUGCAUCACCAAUGAUGACGUCCCAAUGAUGCCAACAUCACCCAAGCACCAGACUCACACCCCCAGGUCUCCACGGAGAUGCGCACAGGAACAUGGGCAGAGUCGGUCCAGACCACAGGGGGAAGUGACAAGGCAGACAUGUUCCCAUGGAGAUGACCCCGGGGACCGCCCUGUAACCUGUGACCUAAAACAGACCCACAUGAGCAACUAUAAGAUCUACCCGUAUGAAGACCUCAUCGUGAGUCCCAGCAAGGGAAGCAGACAGCUGCCCAGAGAUGUGGACCGCCCCAGGCUGGAGAAGCAUCUCUCUCAUGAGGAGUUUGACCGUGUGUUUGGGAUGAGUGUGUAUGAGUUUGAGCAUCUACCCCUGUGGAAGAGGAAGGAGCUGAAGAAGCAGGCCAGUCUCUUCUAAAGGACGACGCCGGACGCCAGACUCUUCUAAAGGACGACGCCGGACGCCAAAUCCAGUUACCACCCACUGCACCAAACCCAGUUACCAAAGUGCUCCAAAAUAUGGCACCACUGACUGAGACAUUUCCCCACCACAGCCCUGUCCCAGAGCAGCACACAGCGUACAUGCACACGCACACACAGCCCUGUCCCAGAGCAGCACACAGCGUAUACACACAUUCACACACACACACACACACACAGCCCUGUCCCAGAGCAGCACACAGGGUACACACACACAUUCACACACACACAGCCCUGUCCCAGAGCAGCACAACAGCAGGAACAAAGUUGUUGUUUGUUGUUGUUGUUGUUGUUGUUUGUUAAAGGACAAGUUCGGUAUUUUACACUUGAAGCCC